UGAAGUAAAUGCCCCUUUUCUUGUACCGCAUGUUUCACAUCAUAUUCUAACAUCUUCUUACAAAGACUUACCUCUCUUAGAGGAAGAUCUUCCUAAGAGAUCAAACACAAAUCAAAACUUGGAACCAUUCCGUUUCAAAUAGUACUUAUGGUGGUUCUACUAAACACACAUUGUCAUUUUGUUCUUCUUCUACUUGCAACAUUGUCUUGCUUCUCGUUGAAGUUCUGUUUAGGCGAAGACAGAAUCACAUUCCUGACUCCGAUCAAAGACUCAGAGACCCUUCUCUCCAGAAGUGGUGUUUUCAGGUUGGGUUUCCUCACUCCUGUAAACUCCACUGUUCAUUUACGUUAUGUUGGGAUCUGGUACGGUAAGGUUCCAGUUCAAACUGUGGUUUGGGUCGCUAACAAAGACACUCCGAUCAAUGACACUACCGGUGUCGUUUCGAUCUCUAACGAUGGAAAUCUUGUGGUGACCCAUGGUCGAAACCUCCUUCUAUGGUCGACGAACCUCACAGUACCAGUGGCUACGAAUGCUACAUGGGUUCAGCUAAUGGAUAAUGGGAAUCUUAGGUUACAAGACAACAUAAACAACAGGGAGAUUCUGUGGGAGAGUUUCGAGCAUCCUUAUAAUUCUUUAUUGCCAAGAAUGAAUCUUGGGACCGACAACAGGGCCAGAGAGAAUCUAAAGCUUACUUCUUGGAGAAGCUAUGUAGAUCCUUCACCAGGGAACUAUACAGCUGGUCUUGUUCCUUUCACGUUUCCUGAGCUUCUGAUCUGGAAGAGCAAUGUCCCAGUCUGGCGUAGCGGACCUUGGAACGGUCAGGUUUUCAUCGGUUUACCGGAUGUCCCUCUAUUUAUUGAUGGGUUUAACCUUAACAAUGAUAACCAAGGAACAUUAUCAAUGUCAUUUGCUAAUGAUUCUUUCAUGUAUCACAUGAACUUGGAUCCUAAUGGAGCUAUGUAUUUUAGAAGCUGGAACACUUCCACGAGAGCUUGGACGGUUGACGCCAUUAUUCCAUCAACAACUUGUGAUGUAUACAAUAGAUGUGGUCCAUUCGCGAGCUGCAGUUUAAAGGAAGUUCCGCUAUGUAAUUGCAUUAAAGGGUUUGUGCCGAGGAAUAACAUAGAGUGGAACGGAGGGAGCUGGAGUAAUGAAUGUGUGAGAAGAGUUCCAUUGCAGUGCAAAGGAGAUGGGUUUAUAAAAAUGCAGAGGAUGAAAGUACCAGCCAAUGCGGAACAGUCUCUAGCUAACGAGAAGAAUUGUCCUAAACAAUGUAUAGAUAACUGUUCUUGCACUGCUUAUGCUUAUGAUCGAGGAAUAGGAUGCAUGCUUUGGAGCGGUAACUUGGUUGAUAUGCAAUCAUCUUUGUGGAGUGGCAUUGAUCUUUAUAUUCGAGUUGCGCAUUCCGAACUCAACCGUGAAAAAACACAUAGUAAUCUUGUAGAAACACAUACACGUAGUAAGCGAGCAAUUAUGAUCACAGCACCAGUACUAGGCGUUGCGUUUGUUGCUGCGGUGUGCGUUAUUUUGGCAUGUCGUAAAUUCAAAAAGCGUCCAGCAGCACCAGAGAAAGACAGAAGUGCAGAGCUAUUGUUUAAAAAAAUGGAAGAACUUACAAGCGAUAACGAGUCUGCUUCUAACCAAGUCAAGCUCAAAGAUCUUCCUCUUUUUGAGUUUAAAGUGUUAGCUACAGCAACCGAUAGCUUCUCUCCCGGAAACAAGCUGGGACAAGGCGGAUUUGGUCCUGUUUACAAGGGGAAGUUACCAGAGGGGCAAGAAAUUGCUGUCAAGAGGCUCUCACGGGCGUCAGGACAAGGACUUGAGGAACUUAUGAACGAAGUGGUUGUGAUUUCGAAGUUGCAGCAUCGUAAUCUGGUUAAGUUACUUGGCUGUUGCAUUGAAGGUGAAGAAAGGUUGUUAGUAUAUGAAUACAUGCCCAAGAAAAGCUUGGAUGCCUAUCUAUUUGACCCAUUGAAGCAAAAGAUUCUUGAUUGGAGGACUCGGUUCAACAUAAUGGAAGGGAUUUGCAGAGGUCUUUUGUACCUUCACAGAGAUUCAAGACUAAAGAUCAUACACAGAGAUCUAAAAGCCAGCAACAUUUUGUUAGAUGAUAAUCUGAAUCCAAAGAUAUCUGACUUCGGACUUGCAAGAGUUUUCCGAGCAAAUGAAGAUGAAGCUAACACAAGAAGGGUUGUUGGAACAUACGGCUAUAUGUCACCGGAAUAUGCCAUGGAAGGUUUAUUUUCAGAAAAAUCAGACGUUUUCAGCUUGGGGGUGUUAUUUCUAGAGAUCAUUAGUGGGAGAAAAAACUCUCACAAGGAAGAAAAUAAUCUCAACCUUUUAGCUUAUGCGUGGAAGCUGUGGAAUGACGGUGAGGUUGCUUCUCUAGCAGAUCCAGUAGUCUUGGAUGAGUCUUUUGGGAAAGAGAUAACAAAAUGUGUUCACAUUGGAUUGUUAUGUGUGCAAGAAAUUGCAAACGAUAGACCAAGUGUUUCAACUGUGAUCGGGAUGCUAACUACUGAGAUCACGAACCUCCCUGAGCCGAAGCAGCCUGCGUUUAUAGCAAGAGGAGGAGUUUAUGAGGCUGAAUGUUCUGACCAGAGUAGUCAGAAGGUCUCUAUCAAUGAUGUGAGCCUCUCAACCGUAACAGGACGUUAAGCUCACAAAAGCCAACCAAUCUGCCUGUUUAUAUGAUAUAUAUGUUCUGAGAACUAUUAUGUUUAACUGUUUGAUUAAAGAAUAAGAGAAGCAUUUCAAAGAAA